AUGGCGGUGGACGUGGCGGAGGUGGUGGCUGAAUUGAAGGCAACCUAUACAAGUGGCAAGACAAAAAGCUGUGAGUGGCGGGAGUCGCAGUUAAAGGCCCUGAUAAAAAUGGCUAAUGACCAUGAGAAAGAUAUAAUUGAAGCUCUCCGUUCUGACCUCAAUAAACCAGAAUUUGAAGCCUUUGUCCAUGAGAUUUCUACUGUCAAAUCAUCGUGCAAGUUGGCAUUGAAGGAAUUACGCCGAUGGAUGGUUCCAGAAAAGGCGAAAACCUCAUCAACCACAUUUCCCUCAUCAGCCGAAAUAGUUUCAGAACCCCUCGGUGUUAUAUUGAUCAUAUCAACUUGGAACUAUCCUUUUUUGUUAUCUCUUGAUCCAGUUGUUGGAGCUAUUGCAGCCGGUAAUGCUGUAGUGUUGAAACCAUCGGACAUUGCCCCUGCCACAUCCUCACUACUUUCGAAGCUUCUUGGGGAAUAUAUGGAUUCCUCGGCAGUGAAAGUUGUUGAGGGUGCUGUCCCUGAAACUACUGCAUUACUGGAGCAAAAAUGGGAUAAAAUAUUCUAUACAGGAAAUGGAAAGGUGGGACGUAUUGUAUUAGCUGCUGCUGUAAAGCAUCUUACGCCUGUGAUUUUGGAGCUUGGUGGAAAAUCUCCUGUGGUUGUUGAUAAGAACAUAAAUUUAGAAGUUGCCACUAGACGGAUAAUUGGAGGCAAGUGGGCCUCAAACUGCGGGCAAACCUGUGUUUCCCCUGAUUACGUAAUAACUACAAAAGCAUUUGCUUCAAAGUUGAUAGAUGCUCUGAUAUCUGAACUGGAGAAAUUCUAUGGGAAGGAACCUCUGAAAUCACUAGACUUAUCAAGCAUUGUAAAUUCCAGUCACUUCGAGCGCUUGACAAAAUUAAUGGAUGAUGAGAAGGUUUUUGGUAAGGUAGUCCAUGGAGGUCAACGGAACAAAACCAAUCUAAGGAUUGCUCCGACUAUUUUGUUGGAUGUUCCAGAAGAUUCUCUGAUCAUGAAUGAGGAGAUAUUUGGUCCAUUACUUCCCAUCAUGACGGUCAACAAAAUUGAAGACAGUAUCAAUGUUAUCAAUGCAAGAGAGAAGCCUCUUGCUGCUUAUUUAUUUACGAAUGACAAAAAGCUAAUGGAUGAGUUCGUAGGAAGUGUCUCAGCAGGGGGUUUGUGUAUUAACGACACUACUCUGCAUCUUGCAGAGUCAUCUUUACCAUUUGGAGGCGUAGGGGGAAGUGGAAUGGGAUCAUACCACGGGAAAUUCUCUUUUGAUGCUUUCAGCCAUAAGAAGGCAGUUUUAAAACGUAGUUUUGCUGGGGAUAUAGCUGCAAGGUACCCACCAUACACAACCAGGAAGCUUCAACUUCUGAAGGCACUGCUAAAUGGCAGUAUACUUGGGAUUCUUCGAGCUUUAUUUGGUUGGUGCGGAUAUCAUCAAGAAUUUUCUCCUUCACUUCGUCCUCCUUUUACAGAUGGAGUCCUAGGACUUGGCAGUGGCGAAACAAGCAUUUUGUCACAGCUAAGCAGUCAAGGUCUAAUUAAGAAGGCUAUGGCCCUUUGCUCAAGUGAUAAAAAUGGCCCUGGAUAUCUUGUCCUCGGAGAUUCUCUAUCAAAUUCACCAUACAUUACAUGGAGGUCACUGUCAAACAAUCACCUUGAGCUUGGCCCCGCAGACAUCUUGUAUGAAGAUAAUCUUCUCGUAUCUGGGUUGCAUUUUUCAUUGGAUAGUGGGACUACUUACAGCUACUUCAGCCCUGCAAUAUACCAAGCUGUUCUUUCUCAGGUGAAAGAAUUGGCAUCGAAAGCAGGAACCCCAGUUGUGGAUCCAUAUCUUUCUGUCUGCUGGAAACCUUUGACAUCUUCAGACAACUUCUUGGAAUCUUUCGGAUCCUUAUAUUUGAGCAUCACAAGUGAUAACACAGUCUAUUUUCAACUAGCGCCAGUUGACUAUCUUGCUAUUAGUCCUCUGGAUAAUGUGUGUUUGGGGAUCCUAGACAGCCAGGAACUUGGACCGGAAUCUGAAAACCUGAACAUAAUUGGAGACCUUCCUCUGCAACAGAGGUUGGUGAUUUAUGACUAUGAAAACCAGGAAAUUAGUUGGGGUGACGCGGAUUGUAGUGAUCUACCGGUACAGCUUUCUAGCCCUGAUAUGCAUCCUGUGAAAAAGAGAAAGGGCGAAUCACACAAGGGAAAUGAUAUCAGUCGUCUGCACAUGAGGAAAAAGAGGAAGCAAAACUUCAAUUCGCCCUAA